AAGAACAGAACAACAGACAGAACAGCUUUACGUUCUUUGGUAAUACUUUUUCAUUUUUUGCGUGUUGGGUGACGUAUGUUCUGAAAUUUUUUGUUGCCACUGACAUUUGUUUGUCGUUACUUGUGAUUUUGAAAGCUGGAAGCCAAAACAGAAAAGAAGCGCUGCCAAGUCGCUGCAUUAGGAUUUUGCACGCAUUCGGCUCGUACAAAUUCUAAUAGUGUUUAGUGGACAAGCAGAACUUCAAAAUUGGCUUUUUCGACGCUGCAAAAAGAAUAAAUUUUAAACGACACACGAUUGAUUGAAGUUUAUCAAAGCGAAAACUGUUUGUAAAAAUAUGGCCAACGCGGAGAUGGAUAUGAAGGCGAACCUGACGGAUCUGUCUAAAAUACCCGUCAAGGAGUUUGAGAAGCACUUUCGUGAUUGGAUGGAACGCGACGAUGUAGCGCGGGCACUACAGGCAAAGCUGCGAACUGAUCUCAUAUCAAAUUUCAACAAAACUGCGUUAGGUCGCCAAAUAUUGGCACAGACCACUACCACCACCACGGGUGGUUCAACGCAUCGAUUAACACUGUCGCCAUUAGUGUUGGCGCUUAAUACACUCGUCGCUGAAUUCCUCUAUGCACAGAACUGCCAUUUCACGCUGUCAGUAUUUUGCACUGAAGUACCGUUUCGAAAUACACUUCCGGAUUUUGAAAACUCGCAGCACUUCCGCUUCACUGGCGAUGAAAUUAAAGAGAUCCUGGAAGCCAUCUUUGAAAAAACGUCCUAUGAGGCAUCAUUUAAAAAUAGCAUUAUUAGAAAAUAUGAAGGGGCCAAAAAUGUUUCGUUGUUGAUGUUGAUUCUUCGUUACCUAUUGAGGCAAAAAGAGGAAUGCGUGAAGAAAAUUGCAUCUAUUAAAUCAGGAGUCGUCACUGAAGGAACACAAACAACAGAAGUAAUGAGUAAACCAUGCGCAACUGAUGGUCCCUUCACCCAAACAGAUAGCUUUGAAACGCGAAGAGCAAAAAUAGAGAUUAGUAAUAGUAAUAUGAGAUAUCUUAACAAGUACCUGAUGAUACUAUCGACUAAAGUAAAAGAAAUGUCCGAGCAGUUUGAAGAGUUGCGAAAGAAACGUUAUACUACAUUGCCGAGCACUCGCCUAACAAAAUCUGUACGAACGCGGCGUUAUGAAAAGCUGAACCGCAGUCUGGAGAGGAUUAUGGAUCAGCUGAAGCAUAUGACGCACACUAAGCGUAAAAGUAAACAAGUUAUGGCCGUUGUAUCGUCUGUCGACGCAUUGGCGGCACAAUUUACAAAAUGCGUUGAGAGUUUUAGAACAGUUUCGAAGGACUUGAUCGCUAGCAGUGAGAAACAUAAGCAACUACAAAGUACAGUGCCGCAUAAACCAAUCAACUCACAGGUUGCAGUGCAGGUGGACCUUUUCAGUGAACGAGCUCAAGGUGGUGAACAAAAGCAGCCUACCGAUGAAAAGACAUAUACUGACUGGGUGCACGAGAUGCGCCACACAAAGAACGGGCAGAAAUUUUUAGAUAGAAUCGAAGCUUCACUCAAAAAGGCACUAAAUAGACAACGUGAGCUUUUGAGAAAUGAAUCAGAGGAAAAAUUGCAGCAUCAAAAAGAGUUACUAAAAAUACAAUACAAGGAAAAGUUAAUGGAGCAUGUUAGCCGUCUUCCAGCAUAUGAUUGCUCUACAGAAGCGCGCAAGCUUAACGAAACUAUAGGACAGCAAUUACAAGAAUUCGAAACUCGUCACGCGGUGUUAUUGCAGAAAAUUCAAGAAGCUAAUAGCUUUGGAGCAACGGAAUGUAUUCCAGUGGGUAAUGCGACAAGCGAAAUGACUGAAGAAAUCGUGCGAAGAGUUGUUAAAGAAAUGGAACCUAAAACAAAUCCAGUCGCACCUAUUUGCUCCGAUCGACGCAAAGAGCAUUCAGCCCAAGCUGCCAGAACGCGUGAUCCCCUUAUCAAGGAUGUAGUAAAUACGCAAAAGCAACUGCAAAAAAUGGUAAAAAGCAUAACGCAGCAAGAACGUAACGUCGACCAAAUCGUCCACGAUGCGAGAAUGCGCAUUCAAGAACUUGAAAAUGAAAGCAACCAGUUGGAGUUAAAUUUCCGCAAUUAUCUAGAGCGGCAGCGCCUACAGGCUGAGACAAUGCGCGAGGUAGUGUCCAGUCUUUCCGAAAACAACCAAAAAGAAAAAGAGUGCCUGAAAGUCAGUGCUAAUUACCGUGCCAAUUUGAAAAAUAUUCGGGAAUCCUCGGCGCUGAGGACAGAAACUGACCGGAGAAGUAUGAAAGGAAGGUCUCGUAAUAAAGCUCUAAAACCAAAAGAUUCUCUAGUAGAUUUCACUGACCAGGAGAAUAAAAGUCCCAAUCUGGAAUAUCGUAACGCAAUUUUAGACGCGAAAGCAAAGCUAUUCCAAAGUGAUUGUACAGCUCCAUGUGCAAUCAGUGAAAAGGCUGGAUGUGAUGAUGUAGAGCGAAGUAUGGCCGGUGUUGAACAAUUUUACUAUAAUCGAAAUUUUGGUAAAUUCGAUUCACAGAGUAACUUGCUAUCUAAAAAUGCCUAUACAGGUCAAUUAAAUCAGAAGCCAUCAUCACUUGUGGUGAAUACUUCGAAACUAACACUUACCUCCCUUUCUACGCUUCCCCUCACCCUAACAGACAUAACUUUUAGCAUCGACACUAACACAUUGAGCGCAAAAAGUAAUGGAGCUCCGCUUGAAAAAAGUUAUACAAUGCUUCCGAAUACUCCACAAAUAAUUAUGCGAAAAUCUGCGCUUCACAGUGAACAACGUUCUCUAACUACAAUCAGGGAUGCUGAAGAAGCAAUAAAUACGAAACCAUUGUCACCAUUAUCAGAUGCAGCUGUUGCGACAGUAAUAGCACAAACAGCAACGGCGUCUACUGUUGCAGGAGCUGCUGCUGCCAAUGGUGAAUGGGAUAUAAAUGACAUGAGGCGCUUCCGGGAAACUUUGACGAAGCAAUCGGAAUCUGAUACGUCAACUUCCAAUAAUGACGAUGGAAUCCUAGUAAAUCAAAGUAUCAGUGAUCUUAGUAAGAAUAGCAGUGAUAGCAUCGGACGUGCGGUAGGAAGAAGAACUCAUUCAAACUCGAGCCUACAGCGCAGCAAUGAACGGCUGCUGGUGAGUGGCGAGAAAGACACAGGCGCUUUUUCGGGUAAGCCCAGUUCAACAACGAAUCCAGUCACAACUUCAACAAAGUUGGUAGAGACCAUGGAACGAAUGCAUCGGAUUUUUACUGAAACCACGACGAACGCAACGGAAGAAAAUCAUCCACAAACACAGGUGCAAAUGCAACAAAAACAGGAACUCAAACAGCGACGGGAAGUCAACAAUCAACACCAGCAUAGGAACCAUUUGAAGUCAACACUUAAAACUCAGGAUACCAGAAAAAAUAUCCGCCCGUUGAGCGAUGAACCAAGCACCUCAGCAGAAGCUAAUGCUAAAGCAGCGGGGAACAGGAAGAGUCGAACGGAGAAAAAACCACAAACCUCACAAUGCAUGGAGCAGUCCACUAAUCAACCGUUAAACACAUUUACCCCCACCGAAAUUACGGCGGACGACGAUACGGCGAAAACAACUGGUGAUGGUACAGAACCGCAAUGCUACAACAUUACUGUUGGCAAUGCUGUAAAUAACAAUGAGGCAUUAGCUCCAACAAUUUCUUCUACAACUUUUUCCAUAUGCCUGGAGGAUAAUCUGAAGGAAGUUGUUAGUGUGUCCUCGAUUGAAAUCGCCAGCAUGGUCGAGGCAGUCGAUGAGGAAAUCGAAUUGGAUGAAUUGGUAUCCGAUGUAGACGACGAAGAAGAGGAAGAGGAAGAGCAGGAGGAGGAAGAGGAACCUAUGGGCGGCGUAAAAAUAAGCACUGACCCCAUACUUGCCAUUGAAAAGGUUUCAGGUGUUAGUACUAGUUCCAGUAGCGCGCUAAGCAUGUCACACGGCGGCGGAAUAAAUACCCGAAUGCAUAGCGAUAGUGGCAGCGAUUUCUGGCGGUAGGAAGGUGUUAAUAAAAAUUGCAUAGAUUACGGCUUAAACAAAAUACUUUUGAUCAAAACUUUACAAGGAUUAAA